UUCUUAUCAAUUCUUCAGUUUUAUCGCCGUUUGUGAAAAGCCCCAAUUUCGCCGUUUGUGAAAAGCCCCAAUUUCGCCCUAAAUCUCCAUAUCCAUCGCAAUUGAUAGCUCGAAUCCAUUUUUGAGGCAUGUCUUUCUUCUUCCUCCUAAUUUCGUUAUUUGUUUCGAUUAUUUGUGAUUUCAAACAGCUUUUGAUUUCGAUAAGGGUCAGAUUUAGUUAUCUGUUUUGUUAGGGUUCGAUUUAUCUAGAUUUAUUUCGUUAUCUGUUUUUUAGGGUUCGAUUAUUUACAGAUUUUGAGAAUGUGGAGUUUCGAAUCCAUCUGUUUUGUUAGGGUUCGAUUAUUUACAGAUUUGACUCAAAAAUAGCUUUUGGAUUUGAGUAUUUGCGCCUUCAUAAACUGAACGAUUUUUUUUUUUUCCCAAGUGUUGGUGAUUGAAAUGUUGGGGAACUGAAGCUUCUCAUUUCUCUGUACUCACACAACAGAGCUGAUCCUGGUUAUAAAAGUGGAGCUUGGAAAUUUGUAAGGGAUGUGUCUGCGGCUUUAGGUGACAUAGAAAUGAUAAUAUGUCCUUGUAAAGACUGUCGUAAUGUAGUACGACAGUUAAACAGUGUUGUGGUUGAGCAUCUUGUAAUAAGAGGGAUGGAUGAGGCAUACAAGGUGCAUAGUGAUUGGUAUCAUCAUGGAGAUGUGAAGUCAGUAGAUGAAUUUCAAAGUAAACCAACUCAGUGGAAUGAGGAAGUUUUUGAGUUAUAUAAAGCUGCUGAAUUUUUUGAUCAAGAGUUGGCUUUUAGAGGUGACUUAGCUGACCAACCUGUGGGCGACUUAAGUGAGAUUGCAGAGGGUGAGGACCAACAAGAGGAUGAGUUCCUUGCAAAGAUCCGGGAUGCUGAAACCCCACUAUACCCUAGCUGUUCAAACCACAGCAAGUUAUCGGCUAUUGUGACUUUGUUUAGGAUUAAGACACAUAAUGGCUGGUCGGAUAAGAGCUUCAAUGAACUGCUUCAGACAUUGCCAAGCAUGUUGCCAGAUGGUAAUGUCUUUCACACAUCAUUGUAUGAUGUCAAGAAAUUUUUAAAGAGCUUUCAUAUGGGAUAUGAAAAGAUCGACGCAUGUGUUAAUGAUUGCUGCCUCUUCAGAAAGAAGUUAAAGAAGCUUGAUAAAUGUCCCAAAUGUAAUGCUUCACGGUGGAAGACUAAUAAGCGGACUAAUGAGGUAAAGAAAGGUGUCCCACAGAAAGUAUUAAGAUAUUUUCCAAUUAUACCAAGGCUGAAGAGAAUGUUCAGAUCAGAGGACAUGGCUAAGGACUUACGGUGGCAUUACACUAACAAGAGCACUGAUGGAAAACUUCGACAUCCAGUAGAUUCUGUUACAUGGGCUCAGAUGAAUGAGAAGUAUCCUUCAUUUGCAGCUGAAGAAAGGAACAUACGGCUUGGGCUGUCCACAGAUGGAUUUAAUCCAUUCAACAUGAAGAAUAGUAAUUAUAGUAGCUGGCCUGUGCUAUUGGUAAACUACAAUUUGCCUCCUCACCUUUGUAUGAAGAAGGAGAAUAUAAUGUUGACAUUAUUGAUUCCUGGUCCACAACAACCAGGUAAUAAUAUUGAUGUCUACCUAGAACCUCUUAUUGAGGAUUUGAAUCAUCUGUGGAAGAAUGGAGAGCUAACGUAUGAUGCUUUUAGUAAAAGUACAUUUACUCUAAAGGCAAUGCUUCUCUGGACCAUUAGUGAUUUUCCUGCGUAUGGAAAUCUUGCUGGUUGUAAAGUAAAAGGUAAAAUGGGAUGUCCUAUGUGUGGGAAAAAUACUGAUAGUAUGUGGUUGAAGUUUAGCAGGAAACAUGUCUACAUGUGUCAUAGAAAAGGUUUGGCUCCAACACACAGAUAUAGGGAAAAGAAGACUUGGUUUGAUGGAAAAGUUGAGCAUAGGAGAAAGUCAAGAAUUUUAACUGGUCAUGAAGUUCAUCAGAAUCUGAAAAACUUCCAAAAUGAUUUCGGAAAUGUGAAAAAGGCUGGGAUGAAGAGAAAGAGAACUGUCUAUAAAGAACCAGUGUUUGACAGUGAUGAUGAUGAAAGUGAAUCCGAUGAAGAUGAGGAAGUAGAAGUAGAUGAAGAUGAGUUAUCAAGGUGGAAGAAAAGAUCCAUUUUAUUUACUCUGCCUUAUUGGGAGGAUCUACCAGUACGGCAUAAUUUGGAUGUAAUGCACAUAGAAAAGAAUGUGACUCACAGCAUUGUAUCCACAUUGUUGCAUUGUGGAAAAUCUAAGGAUGGUCUUAAUGCUCGUAAGGAUCUUCAACAUCUUGGUCUAAGAAAAGAGUUGCAUCCUACCACAAAAGGAAAGAGAACAUAUCUUCCAGCAGCACCUUGGUCUUUGUCCAAGAAUGAGAAGAAGAUUUUUUGCAAACGACUAUUUCAUUUUAAAGGUCCAGAUGGAUACUGUUCUAAUAUUUCAAGAGGAGUUUCAGUAGAAGAGUGUAAGGUAGGAGGUCUGAAAUCACAUGAUUAUCAUGUCUUGAUGCAACAGCUUCUCCCGGUUGCACUUAGAGGAUUGUUACCAAAAGGUCCUAGAACAGCAAUACUACGGCUAUGCGCAUUCUUCAAUCAUUUGUGUCAGAGAGUUAUUGAUAUUGAGGUUAUUACAGUAUUGGAAGCUGAAAUUGUAGAAACGCUUUGUAUGUUUGAAAGGUUUUUCCCUCCAACCUUCUUUGAUAUCAUGGUACACUUGACUGUUCAUCUAGGAAGAGAAGCUAGACUAGGAGGACCUGUGCAUUUUAGGUGGAUGUACCCAUUUGAGAGGUAUAUGAAAGUUCUAAAAGAUUUUGUAAGAAAUCCUGCAAGACCAGAGGGUUGUAUAGCAGAGUCAUAUCUUGCAGAAGAAAGCAUGCUGUUUUGUAAUGAGUUUCUGAAAAAGACAACCAAUGUAGAAGAAAAACCUGAGAGGAAUGUAGAGUAUGUGAACAGCUCUAUAUUAGAAGGUCGUCCAAUAUCAGCAGGAACGUCAUUCACUCUUACUGAAAUGGAGAAGAAUAUAGCCCAUCUUGCUGUCAUUCAAAAUACAGCUGCCUUUGAUCAUUAUGUGGAUAUGCAUUUGCAAUAUCUACAAGACUCAAAUCCAAGGUGUAGACGUGAUGCAACAUAUUUAUGGUCUAUGCAUUCUAAGAAUUUUGCUGCUUGGUUAAAAGGACAGAUAUCUAUUACUUCUGAUGGACAUGAAGACAUAGUUAAAUGGCUAGCAUAUGGUCCACGGUGUACUGCAAGGUCCUAUACUGGUUAUAUAGUUAAUGGACAACGUUUUCACACAUACUCACUUGAAAGGCAGAGUCAGAACAGUGGUGUUUAUUAUGAGGCAACGGCUAUGUGUAGAUCUAGUGCUAAGGAUACUUCACAAGUAGUUGAUUUGGUGUCAUAUUAUGGGAGAAUUACUGACAUCAUAUUGUUGGACUACCAUGUGUUCUAUGUGCCGAUAUUUAGAUGUAACUGGGCAGUAAAAGGUAAUGGAGUUAAAGUGGAAGAUGGGUUCACACUUGUUAACUUAAAUCAGAGCCAAGUAAGCUUUCAGAAGGAUCCGUAUAUUCUAGCAUCUCAAGCAAAGCAAGUAUUUUAUUCAAGUGAAGAUGGAUCAAGUUGGUCUGUUGUUAUGAGAGGUGCUUCAAGAAGAUAUAGUAAAGAAGAUGUUCAGUCUGGAAAUGCAGAUAUAAUUGGUCCAUUGCCAGUAGAUGUUGACAUGGAUACUGAAAUGGAUGAAGCUGAAUAUGCUAGAUCUGAUUGUGAAGGCAUAUAUGUGNGAAAACGCUAUCAAAGACCUAUGAUAGCGUUUUUCUCUGGUUAA